CAUUUUGGAGGGAUCGGUGCAGGCAGGACGGACUGGCCGUGAUGUUGGGCGCCCACAGCUCCGCUCAGGGCCGGGAUGGAUGGACGGGGCGGGCUUCACCUCCGAGCCCGGCGACAGCAGGGGCGGGGCGCGGUGGGACGCCGGCUCAGGAGGGGAGGAGGGCUGGAUCACGGCUCGGCGCGCUCACAGCGGGAGAAGCCGCUCUGCUCCCCGAGCGUGCAGACAGCGGAGCCGGGGCGGAGCGCGGCGAGACCCGAACCGUGCCGGGCUUCUGAGCAGCGAGAAGACAAAAUGUUCGGGGGAAAAAUGAGCAGCCUUGGGAGGAAGCUGAUCCGCCGGCGCGUGGUGGACCUGAGCUCCGAGGAGACGCGCUUUGCUCGCUGCCUCUCCACGCUGGAUCUCAUCGCCCUGGGAGUGGGCAGCACGCUGGGUGCUGGUGUGUACGUGCUGACCGGGGAAGUGGCCAAGGAUACGGCCGGUCCAUCCAUCGUCCUUUGCUUCCUGGUGGCCGCGCUGUCAUCGAUACUGGCCGGGCUCUGCUAUGCCGAGUUUGGAGCCCGCGUCCCCAAGACCGGCUCUGCCUACCUCUACAGCUAUGUCACGGUUGGUGAGAUCUGGGCUUUCACCACCGGCUGGAACCUCAUCCUGUCCUACGUGAUAGGCACAGCCAGCGUGGCCCGAGCCUGGAGUGCGGCGUUCGACAACAUCAUCGGCAACCAAAUCUCCACCUUCUUCAUGAACAAGACCACGCUGCACCUGCCGGGGGUGCUGGCCGAGCGCCCGGACUUCUUUGCGCUGAUCCUGAUCGCGUUGCUCACUGCACUGCUGACCUUCGGCGUCAGCGAGUCUGCCCUGGUGAACAAAAUCUUCACGGCGGUGAACCUGCUGGUGUUGGCCUUCGUUUUCAUCGCCGGCUGCAUCAAGGGAGACAUCAAGAACUGGCAGCUCACGGUGGAGGAUUACAUCAACCUCACGCACUCGGAUGAGCCGGAGGAGGUCAGAAUGAAAGCCUUUGGCUCCGGUGGGUUUGUCCCCUUUAAGCUGGAAGGGGUCCUGAUGGGUGCUGCCACGUGUUUCUACGCCUUCGUGGGUUUCGACUGCAUCGCCACCACAGGGGAGGAAGCCAGGAACCCGCAGCGCUCCAUCCCCAUCGGCAUCAUUGUGUCCCUCCUCAUCUGUUUCGUGGCCUAUUUCGGGGUCUCCGCAGCCCUCACGCUGAUGGUUCCCUACUUCCUGCUGAACAAGAAGAGCCCGCUGCCUGAGGCUUUCAAGGCGGUGGGCUGGGAGCCUGCCCGCUAUGCUGUUGCCAUUGGCUCGCUCUGUGCCCUCUCUACCAGCUUGCUGGGCUCCAUGUUUCCCAUGCCACGUGUGAUCUACGCCAUGGCGGAGGACGGGCUGCUCUUCAAAUUCCUCUCCAGAAUCAACAGCCGCACCAAGACUCCUCUCUCAGCCACCAUCACCUCAGGGCUGCUCGCAGCGGUGUUGGCCUUCCUGCUUGACCUGAAAGACCUGGUGGACCUCAUGUCGAUCGGCACACUGCUGGCUUACUCCCUGGUCGCUGUGUGUGUGCUCAUCCUCCGGUACCAGUCUGGGCAACUGAACUCCCCAAAGGCCAUGGAGAUGCUGGAGCUGAACGGGAAUGAGGAGGAGAGAGUUGUCAUGAACCCAAACAUCGCUGCCACGGGCACCAAACAGAAGGAGACCCUGUCCCUUACAGCACUCUUCAAUCCAUCUGCAGACGCUCCCACAGCGCUCUCAGGGCGCAUCGUCUACGUCUGCGUCUCAAUCAUGGCUGUGCUGGUAACGAUCAUCUGCGUGGUGCUGACCCUCAAAGUGAAGGCUCUGAAGGAGGCCAACAUUACCUGGAUCUUGGUCCUGGUGCUGCUCCUCGUGGCUCUGCUCAUCCCCACCAUCAUCGUUUGGAGGCAGCCACAGAGCAAUGCGCGGCUGAACUUCAAGGUACCUUUCCUCCCACUCCUUCCACUCUGCAGCAUCUUUGUUAACAUCCUGCUGAUGGUGCAGCUGAGUACCGGCACCUGGGUGCGCUUUGCCAUCUGGAUGGCUGUGGGUUUUAUGAUAUACUUUGGCUAUGGCAUUCGAAACAGCGUGGAAGGAAAAAAUGCAAAAGAGCUUCGAGGUUCCACGACAGAAAACCCUCUACACCACCCCGGGAUGGAGCUCAGCCCUGGAGCUGCUGCAAUCUGAGAGAGGCGGUGGUUGUGAUCAACAUCACUACUCGGAGGACUGUCAGUACUGCAGUGCUGGUACGAGACCACAGACUGCUCAGCACAGCCAUCCCUUGGGGCCUGAGCCCAGAGCCUGCCGUGCGCUGCCCUUUCCCCUCGCUGAGCAGGGGUCGUGGAGAGGAGACCCCGGGCUGGGGGAAUGCUGGUGGCCCGGGGGCUGCUCCACCCCGCCGAGGGGCAAUGACACCGAUACAGCCCUCCCAGUGUGAAAGCUGCUGUCACAUCCUGCUUCUCCUGCCCACGGGACACGCGGUGGUACUGUUGUAUUUGUGUCAAUGCAAGCGUGACUGAAGUUGACCAGUCCUGGUACUGCCCAGUGCCCUACAGCAGCACAGGGCUCAGCACCCGCAGCCCCAAUAGAAUCCAUGCCCAUGCUGAGCCCUGUGCUGCUGGACCCAUUCGCUUGGUGUGAACAUCACACUCAGCUCCUUGUGAUGAUGUCUGCAGUGUAGACAUGAGUGUCCAACCUUGUAUGCCUUGGUACAAUUGGAAUUUCGGUGUCGAUUUUUAUACUUAUUGAAGUCUAAAUGGUUUGUGGUUGUUUUUUUUUUUUAAACUGCUUGGCUCUGUGUUGGUCCAGCUGCAUCUCACUUCAAUGCCUGUGUCCUGCAGCCUGGGCUGGGGGGCUGGGGCUGUCCUUGCAUCUCUAUGGGCACAUGCUGAUGGGAAACAGUGGUGUGGGGCACCCAGCCCCCUACUCCUGGUCCUGGGGUGUGGGAUAGCAGUGGGCUGGGCCCUGUGCCACAUGGCAGUGUGUCAUCACGACCCAGUGCUGCUGUAAAGACCUCAGAAAUAGCCCCUGGGGCUCCCGCUGGGCCUGCGGGGGAGGCACAGCCAGGAACUGGGCCGAAGACGAUUUCCCAG